CUCUGCUCCUCUCACUUCCUGUUGGUUCUGUUGUCUGAUCAGUUCUGUGUCUUCAGUCUUGAUCUUCAUCAGAUCUUCAUCAGAUCUUCAUCAGAUAAACUGACCACUGAGCUCAGUUUAGUUGGUGAACCCUCUUCUUCCUCUUCAUCUUCCUCUUCCUCGGUCUCAGUCUCGACGCGGACGGAACAUGGUGCGGACUAAAGCGGACAGUGUCCCCGGCUCCUACAGGAAAGCUGUUGCAGCUCAAGCUCCGAGGAAGUCUCUGGGUUCCAGUUCGGCCAACGCAUCGGCCUGCAGCAGCCAGUCGUCCACCCCAGCUAAGGGCAAAUAUGCCGGUGGGAACGCAGUGUGUCCUCGCCCCACUCCGACCUGGCAGAAGGGCAUCGGGGACUUCUUCGGCGGGCCCCCCCGGAAGCCCGAGAAGGAGAACCAGAGGCCCCAGGAGACCGAGGACGACGAGGAGGCCGGAGGCAGCGGGAUGUCAAAGGCCACCAGGAAGUCCAGGCCGCUGCCCGCUGACGAUGAGGAGGAUGAAGCCUGAGACGAUGAAGGAACCUCUGCUGCCUCUGUUCAGGCUCGCAGGCCUUUAAAUGUACAUCUGUAUAUACUUUUCUGCUGAAUUCCCUUUAAAUAGGUCAUUAAACACUUUUUAUGUUUUUAA